AUCUCUGUCCUUACUAGUACUUGAGGCAUGGACACUGGAUCGUGUUAUCUCCUGGUUAACUGCUCACUUUUUCAAACUGCAGGCCCUGUUAACGAGCUGCAAGAGCUGAUGAGGAAGGUCGCUUAUGAAUACCACUCCAAGGAACCCAAACGCAGGCACCCAACAGACUUGACUGUGUGGAACUAUGCCCAACGAACUAACAGAAAGAUCCAGAAGUGCAGCCUCGAAAAAUGGGUGAACCAGAACCAGCGCCAUUUCCGUCGUUUUGCGGGAAUCCCUGACAAGUUUGAACGCAGUGCUAUCCCAAGCCGUUAGAAGCUGCCUUGCCACAGACAACUAAGCAGCGGCCUUAUCUGCACUGCAAAAUUUAUCUGACCGCCGACAAGUCUUGUCUACUGAUUUAUUUUUAAAUUAUAUUUUAUAAUUUUGUAAGU